GGCAUGGACACGGGCACCGCUAUACCAGCAACUGCGGCCGCCGCUGACGCAACCGGAAGAUAUGCUGGCAGCAACAGCGCAGGUGGGGGCACUGGCGGCAUUGGCGGCAACACUGCCGGCGUUGGAGGACAGUCAGUCGGCGCCGCAGGAGCCACUGCCGGCACCGAGCAGCAGAAGAAGGCAGCGGCGGCCAAGAAUGCUCGUGACGCGCUUCUGGCGGCUGUCCGCGGCGACAUCAACGCUAUACAAGCGGCGCUAGGACAGAUCCUCAAGAAUGCAGCCCGCCAGGGCCGGGGCGGCCUGGGUGCGGGCGGCAGUGAAGAUAUGGCUGCCCUCGCCGCAGCAGCAGCGGAGGACCGGGAGAAGCUGAAGCAGCUCCAGGAUCUCGUGAUGGCGCUCAUGAAGGAGCAGAAGGGCGCAAAGGACGACGCCGCGGCUGCCCGGACGGCAGCGGAGGCGGCAGCGGAUCGGGCCGAGCAGAUGGAGGUCGAGGUGGCGGCGGCCACCGCUGCGGCAUCAGCUGCAGCCGCCGCUGCCGCAGCUGCUGUCGCAUCGGCGCCAACGAUGGAGAGCGCAGAUGGCGACUUUGCGGCGGAGCCGGCAGGCAGAGCGUCUUCGCCAACGGCGACGGCAGCUGGCGCGGCGCGGCGUGCCAAGGCUGCGGUGAGCGGCAACCCAUCUGGCGGAUCUGGAUCCGUAUACGGGGCGGCCAGCGUGGAUAAGUCAGCAGCCGCCAUGGAUGGCCCAUCCGCCUCGGAUGACUUAUCACGAAUGGCCGCGUCACUUCCCGCAGCUCUGGCGGAGCUGGAUAAGCGCAUCCAGGAGCUGCAGAACCGCCCGGCCGAGGUGGGGGCCCCGUCAGUGGCAGCAAACAAGGCGGGCAGUGGCAAGACAGGAGCGGCGACGUCACAGGCGGCCAAGUCGGUGGCAGCCGCGGCUGCGGAGCUGGCGGCGGCGACUGGCGCCAUUACCGCCCGCAACCGGCAGCUGGGCGACCAGGUCAAGGCGAUGGAGGAGCAGCUGAAGCAGCUGCUGGCCAACGUAGCCAAGCUGCCAGAGCAGGGCCCCGGCAAGGAUGGCGCAGCAGGUGCAGUCGGCGCAGGAGGUGCAGUCGGCGCAGCAGGUGCAGUCGGCGCAGCAGGUGCAGUCGGCGCAGGAGGUGCAGUCGGCGCAGGAGGUGCAGUCGGCGCAGCAGGCAGCGGCUCUCCUAUCGAGCAGCAGAAGGCCGCUGCGGCCAAGGAUGCUCGUGACGCGCUUCUGGCGGCUAUCCGCGGCGACAUCAACGCCAUCCAAGCGGCCCUGGGACAGAUCCUCAAGAAUGCAGCCCGCCCGGGCCGGGGCGGCCUGGGUGCGGGCGGCAGUGAAGAUGUGGCCGCCCUCGCCGCCGCAGCAGCGGAGGACCGGGAGAAGCUGAAGCAGCUCCAGGAUCUCGUGAUGGCGCUACAAGACGAUGCUGCAGCUGCCCGGGCAGCGGCAGAGGCCGCGGCGCAGCGAGCAGAGCAGAUGGAAGUUGAAGUUGCAGCCGCCGCUGCCGCAGCGUCGGCGGCGGCGGCCGCCGCUGCAGCGGCAGUCGCGUCCGCCCCACCGGCGGAGGCCGAAGAAGAAAGCGAAGCCGCGAAUGCGGAGGGCUCGCUGUCCUCACCAACGGGAGCGGCAACAGCAGAUCCCAAGGUCGCGGCUAGACCUGGAGUUGGGAAGGCUGGACCGGGCGGUAAGAAGGCCGCUGGAUAUGAUGGCAGCGGUGGUGGCAAUGCCAGUAGCUCAUCAGCCGCCGUAGGUGGCCCAUCCGCCUCGGAUGACUUGUCCCGCAUGGCCGCGUCACUUCCCGCAGCCCUGGCAGAGCUGGAUAGGCGCAUCCAGGAGCUGCAGAACCGCCCAGCAGAGGUGGUAGGGACAAUUGGGUCGGGAACAGCGGCAGGUGGAGGUUCCAGUGGUGCCAGCGCGAAUGCAGGCAAGGUGGAUACCAAGGCAGGAGCGGCGCCAUCGGCAGCGACGUCACAGGCGGCCAAGUCGGUGGCAGCCGCGGCUGCGGAGCUGGCGGCGGCGACUGGCGCCAUUACCGCCCGCAACCGGCAGCUGGGCGACCAGGUCAAGGCGAUGGAGGAGCAGCUGAAGCAGCUGCUGGCCAACGUAGCCAAGCUGCCAGAGCAG